UUAUCACAUUCCUAACAUUUCUCUUUGGGUCCCUUUACCCUCUCUCUCUCGCUCGCUCGCUCGCUCUCCUUGUCUGAAGCCAUGGCCCGUAACAAGGUGAAGCUCGCCUGGAUCGCCAACGACGCCACCCGCCGCGCCACCCUGAAGAAGAGGCGAAAGGGAUUGCUGAAGAAGGUGCAGGAGCUCAGCAUCUUGUGCGGCGUGGAAGCGUGCGCCAUCGUGUACGGGCCGAAUGACCGCGUGCCGGAGGUCUGGCCGACGCCCCCGGAGGCGGCCCGCGUCAUCGCGCGAUUCAAGAGCAUGCCCGAGAUGGAACAGACGCGGAAGAUGGUCAAUCAGGAAGGGUUCCUCCGCCAGCGGGCCAUGAAGCUGUUGGAGCAGCUCCGCAAGCAGGAGCGCGAGAAUAGAGAGAUCGAGAUGAAGCUGCUCAUCCGCGAGGGGCUCAGGGGACAGAGCUACGACAACCUAGGCAUCGAGGAAGCCACCUGCGUCUCCUGGAUGCUUGAAAGGAAGAUCAAAGAAAUUUACGAUAAGCUGGAUGAGAUAAGUAGUAAGCUGGCUGUCAAACAAGCCGCCGCCGCCGCCGCCCCCCCGCCAGCACUGCCACCGCAGGUCAUGGUUCCUCCUCCUACUGCUCCUCCUCCUCCUUAUCCUCCUGUUGCUCCGACCGGGCCGGUCGUGCCCAUGGAGAAGACUCCGGUCGAGCAGGCCAUGGAAGCCCUCCAAAGACAGAACUGGUUCGUGGAUAUGAUGAGUCCAUGGCCUGAGGACUUCUACCAAGCUUCGCAGCCGAUGGAUCCUUAUCAGCCUCCUCCACCUGCUUCUGUGGACCACACCAGCCCAUGGACGGACCCAUCCUUCCCGUUCAACUGAGUGUGGGGUUGCUUGGUAGCUCGUUCUGGUCUCAGUUGUUUGCUUUAUAUCCUGGGUUGUGUCGUGUCUUCAUCUUCGGUGCUAGUUCAUCUAUGUCGUCUCUCGUCGUCGUCGUCGCCGUCGUCGCCAUCGUCGUUGUUACAGUCGUUGUUGUUGUGAGUGUCUCCUUGUUUAGCUCGUACUUGCGAGUGCAUGCGUCCUUUUUCUUUCUCUGUUGGUGUCUGUCUUUAUGAGUGGCAUGUCUUUAUCAAAGCCAUGUCUCGUCAAAUGUUGCAGUUUUCUUUGUCAUGUCGA